AUGUCCACAUCGUCCACGACCCGAAUCCCCCUACGACAAGUCUUCCGUAACAAACGGCCGAAAAGCACCACAUCCCUGUCCUCGCGAGACUCGCUCAUAUCGUCGCCGUCGACACCACCUCUCGAUCUCGAGGAGCCGCCUUCUUCGUAUUUUUCUUCGUCCGUAUCCUCCUCCUCUUUCGCCCCCGCUUCCAAGGAACGGCCAGCACUUGCGUCGGACAGCUCGUCCCCCGAGGGCGCGUCGUCGAAUAAACGGAAUUCGAGGUCGAGAGGGAGGAAGCUGCUGAGUCGAACGUCGACUUCGAAUCCGUUGACGCUGGUGGGCUUGAGUGGGAUCCAUAAUAACAACAACAACAACAACAACAACAACAACAACAACAUGUCGGCGCAAUCAUCGUCAGCAGCGGCCGCGGCUGCGGCCGGAGGGGUUCUGAAGGGGACGCGGACGCCCCAGAUGCUGGAGUAUGAGAGGCAGGCGGAAGAGAGAGCCAAGGAGUUGGCGCAGAUGGAGGAGGAUCGGAAGCGGAUGAACGAGGAGAGGGAUCGCAUGGUGAGGGAGCAGGAGCGUAUUGCGCAGGAGGAGUACGAGAUGAGGCAGUACUAUGAGGCGGAGGCGUUGCGGCAUGCCGAGGAGAUGAGGUUGCAUAGGGAAGAAGUCCGCCUCCACCAAGAACGCGUGAAGGAUCACGACCGCCGUAUCCGCGACCACGAAGCCAGCUCCGAGGCCUUCGCCAAAGUAAUCGUCAUGCCGGCGCGAGGCGGCCGGGCCGUCUCGUUCAUGCAGCCUCGGAACGGCGCCUGA